AGUAAACAAGAAUUUAUUGACUUGAUUUGAAAAGUCAGGAAAGAAGCAAAAAGCGUACGAAAAAGUUCAAUUUUCUUAAGAGAAAAAUUCAUAAAAAACAGUCACGCAAAAAAUUCGCAAAAAUGUCGCUUUUCGAGAAUCCUGAUAGCAUACGCAUGUUGCGCGAUUUACUCACACCCCCCGAGGAGCGAGACAAUUCUGACACCGACAACGAUGACGAGCCAAUCGCCAGACGCAACAAUUUCACGCCCGCAAAUAUUGGCAGCAAAUGCAGUGGAGAAGACAAACAAAACCAAGCGCGAACGGAAGCACUGGAGCGACCAGUGCCAACCAGCAUCGAGGAGUGGCAAGAGCAGCAGGAGCGGGAGGAUGCUGAGAUUUUGGAGACACGCAAGCGACCGGAGUACAGCAUGACCUAUCGGCAAGCGGUGGGCACCGAGGACCUUUACCUGCGGAUGGGCAAUCGCACUAAUGCCACGGCCAGUUGUGAGGAUUUGCUGCUGGAUAUACUGCUGCCCGACGAGACGACACNACCACCUGUGUGGGCUUUGCAGCGGCUUAAUGG